AUGAAUGCUUAUUCGUGCCACGCAAAAGGUCCGACCCAGCUCUCGAUCGCCAACCCAGCAGCGGUCAGCGUAAUCUAUGGAUCGCACUCCAAGACUAGUAAAGGUCCCUGGUACUCCAUCACUGAGCUACGGGCUUCUCUCCACACGGCGAGGGACAAACAAGAGCAUAAAGUCCGACAAAAGGUCUGGGAUAAAGCGUUUAAAGCCAGCCCGCUUAAAGACUAUAAACACCGCGUUAGUCGCUACAGUCAUCAACUGAUCUAUGUCAUUCAGCAAAAUCUUGAUCGGCCCAUCGACAUGGCGAAGUGGUUCAAUUAUUUCGCCUUCGAUGUUAUGGGGGAUCUCGCUUUUGGAAAAUCAUUUAAUAUGCUCAUUGACGAUAAAGACUCCUAUUUUGAGUCGCAGUUGCAUGGCGAUAUGAAAAUGGUCGACCUGUUCAGCCACCUGACCUGGUUGUUUCCGUUCGUCAAGCGAACGCCGUUUCUCAAUAAAGACUAUCUCAAGUUUUGGCAGUGGCUGGAAGAUCAGGUCACUGAACGAGUGCAGAGGUAUGGAUUCUCCGCGUCACUGAAGACGUUCAAUGUUGAUUUGGAGGGUAAAGAUGAACAAGUCUUCGUCCGCGGAGAGGAAUUUCUCCCGGAAAGAUGGACCACAGCCCCGGAGCUGAUCAAAGAUCCGUCAGUUUUUAUUGCUUUCGGCGGUGGAAUAUAUGCAUGCGUUGGGAAGCAACUCGCACUUAUGGAACUCCGGCAGGUCGUGGCUGAGGUUUUGGUUCGGUAUGAGGUAUCAUUUGCGCCAGGGCAGACGGCAGAUGCCUUCCAAAAUGAUAUCAAUUGCGAGUCGACGGAAGGGACAAGAUAG